AUGCUAUCGGGUGCGGAGACGGUGUCUGAAAUCCAAACCAAAGUUCGCUCGGAUCGUGGCUUGUUAGGUGGCUUUGGCUACCAAAGAUGUGCGGAUGCGUCGGUGAUCCAGCAGACGUUAGAUGCCUCAACGGAGGCGACUGUUGCUUCACUUGAAUCUGCUUUAGCGGAGGUGCGUCUCAAACAAGGUCAGGGGCGUCAGGUGUCUUUGGGGGCUGAAGAUGAGAUAGGUGUGGAUAUAGACCUCUCUUCCUUGCCGAUUGGCAAGCAUGCCGAGGGUUCAGAGAAAGGAUAUGUCGCGAAAAAGCCGAAUACUUAUACGCGUCAGUUGGCACGGUGUGUCUGCGGAGACACCCAAGAGAUAUUUACGCAGGCGUUAUACCCCGGUAAAACCAACAGCGAUGCUGUUUUCAAGCCGAUGCUCGGCAAACUUGAGACUGUUUUGACGCUUGAUAGCGUUGAGAAACGGAGCCGAGUUCGGCUUCGCUUUGAUGCCGGAUUUGGCACGGAUGCCAAUAUCAAUUAUGCCUUAUGGCGGGGGUAUCGCCUCAUCGGGAAGAUGUAUAACUCCCGCCGGAUCCAAAAGUAG